CCAUUUUGAUUCUGCAGCUGACGUCUAUAAAGGUGGGUUCACCGCUUGCACUGUGUCUAGUAACCUCUAUUGUCGGACGAGUCGACAGAAACGACAGUAGACUGUGAUGUCUCAAGUGAAACUCGCCAGAUUGCACAACCCCACCAAACGGCAGCUCGAUGAAUUCGAGGCUCUGUUCGUCUUGACCAUGAGCAGUGAUCUCGCUGCUAUCAGCAUUUGCGGCGGUGACCAGAGCCUCAUUGGCCCUAUGGCACGUGCAAUGAUCCUCGCUGCGACACUAGGGGGUGAAAUAUACGCAGCAACUGAAGAAGGCGGAGCGAUAGUUGGUUGUGCUGUCUGGAUGCCUCCGGGUCAAGAAUUACUCAGCACACCGGAGCAACGACAAUUGGGAUGGAACGAUUUCUUCGCGAAGGUCCCUCAAGAAGGCAAAGACUGGUUUACUAAGACCUAUUCGAACGAGGUCACCACAUUCAUCAAUAAGAUCCUUGGUCCGACGGGCAAGCUGGAUUCUUGGUAUCUCAACAUCAUCAUGGUCCAUCCCGAACACCAAGGGCGAGGUAUCGCGACCAAAUUCAUCAGCAUUGUCCGCGAAAAUGCUUCUGCGCAUGGCACGAUGAUGGCGCUUUCAACCUCUGAUCCACGCAAUGUACCCAUCUAUAAGGCCCUUCAUUUUGAGCAGCGUGGCGACAAAAGGAUACCUUCCCCGUGGGGCGAUUGGUCUUUAUAUAUCUUCACGCAAGACACGGCCUGAGGCAUGACGCGAGCUUGUAAACGAGUCAUUGGACGGGAGAUAUUCACAGCACAUGGCUGCUCUUGAUUCGAUUGGAAGCGGUGCAACUAGGAAAAUGUGGUGCGCCGUUUGAGUGCCGCGCAUGCAAUUUAACGACAGAGGGCACAAGGCUUAGUGCGUGAGUAUAUCACUGGAAACGUCAGGUUAUGGUCGUGUCGCUCUGGGCCUGGACAUCGUAGCAGCAAAGCCUGUGCUACGACGAGUGUUGCA